UAUUUCUCCUUCAAUUUUUUCCAUUUAUUUGAUAAAUAAUAGUUCCCACUCAUGAAAAUCUGAAAUAUUCUAUCUAAAUUUGGUUUAUUUGGUUUUAAUCUUUGUUUUAUAUGUGAGUUUGAAUGAAGAGGGAUUUGAUAGUUUUGAACCCACUAAUUUCAUAUUCUAAUUUCAGAUUUUGAGUGGGUAAAACAUUUAUUUUAGUUUGUUUUGAUGCAUUUUUUUUAUUAAAAUUCCGACUAUACAAUAAUUUGUUCUUUUGAGUGAAACACGCUGUAGUUAAUGAGAGCAAUUCAAUUGGAAUAUUAAUGUACCAAUUUGAAGACUAAGAAGAGCAUCAAAGGGGUUAUUAUUGUGUAGUGCCACUGUUCGUAAGACUGUUAAAGAGAAAAAAAAAAAAGUGGCUGCAAAGGCUUUGUCUAAUCUGUUGUUAUAUAUAUAUAUACAUGAAUAAGAAAAAUGUUUAAGAGAAAGAUAAGACUGCAAAUGUUGAUGCACUUAAAAAAAUGUGAAGAGUCAAUGUUGUUGCAGGUGGUUGUUCAUGUAUUUAGAUUUAAUUUGUUAAACAUAAUGUAUACGACUUGCCUUCAAAUCUUUUAUUGUUUUAUAUGAUCUGCGUCUUGUCCUUUUUUUUCUAUAAAAUUUUAAUUGUGGAAUAUAAUAUCCAAAUUUUAAACACAUUUAAAGUUAGAAAAUUGGAAGUUUCUUUGUCCUCUGUACACAAAAACCAAGCUAACGAAAAUGUAUAAGAAAUACAUUUGGAGAUAUGGUGCAUACGUAUUUUGAUUAUAUGAUAUGGUACAUACUUUUUUAACUAUUGGAGAGUGAUAUGUAAUGGGAUGGGGACUAAGGUUCCAACUUUGUUAAUAAAUAAAUUUAGUGAAAUCAAGUACUUGGUGGACAAUACAUCUUCAUUUUUGUUCUUCGUUUUGUUUUGCUUACUUUGUCUUGUGUGUACCCUUUUCUUUUGGCUUGGGUAAAGGCUGUUAAUUUAAAAUUUAAUUUCUAUGUAAUUUAUCUAUGGAGAGUGGCCUGGUGUGGCCAAUGGAGGAUAACAAGAAGCUGCAGAAGCAGGAGGUUGGGAACGAGCACGUGGAGACGAGCAGAGCCGAGAGAGCAGUGUGGCUCAUGAAAUGCCCUCCGCUCGUCUCUUGCUCUCUUCGUCAACCUCUUCAUCCUCGUCCAUUGCCGCUUUCCUCCUCCGAUGACCCUUCUCCUUCCGUCGCCAAGGUCAUCAUCUCCAUCAACCCUCUGCAUUCCAAUGAAGAUUCUGCUUCUCCACAGUUCACCAUGGAAUUGGCUGGUGCAGAAUCUGGCAAUAUACCAAAGCGUUACUCUAUGGAAAUGUCCAAAGAUUUUAUUCCAAUGUCUGUAUUCUCAGAGUCUUCGCAAGGAAAGAUCUCAGUGGAGGGGAAGAUACUAAACAAAUUUGACAUGAAGCCUCAUCCUGAGAACCUUGAGAGCUAUCGAAAGCUAUGCCGUGAACGGACUAAAAAAUAUAUGACUAAAACUAGAAAGAUUCAGGUGAUCGACAAUGACAAUGGAGCUCGAAUGAGGCCUAUGCCAGGAAUGAUGGGAUUUAUUGUUUCUGGACCUGAUAAGAAGAAAGCACCAACCAAGGGAUCUGAAAUGAAAAGAACGAGGAGGGAUCGUGGAGAAAUGGAAGAUAUUAUGUUUAAGCUGUUUGAGAGGCAACCAAAUUGGACUCUAAAACAACUGAUUCAAGAGACAGACCAACCUGAACAAUUUCUGAAAGACAUACUGAAAGAGCUGUGUGUGUACAACAACAAAGGAGCAAAUCAAGGAAUGUACAAGCUGAAACCAGAAUACAAGAAACUGAGCGACGAGACAAGUACCAAAUUAUCAUGACUUCACGACUAAUGAGGUCGAAGCCUUUUAUUGCUAUAACUUCUUUUUUAUAUUUAGAUUCUACUAACACAGUGACUUCUUUUUCCAAAAUUGUAAGUGCGACAUGUCCUAUACAUACCAUGCAAGGCAGAGGCUUCUUCACUUUCUCUGGUUAAAUUUGUAGAUAGAGAUACCAUCUGAUUUGUUCUUUUAAUUUUGCCCUCUUGUUAUUGUAUUUAUUAUGUGCACUCUUUUCUUGUCAGCAUGGUUAAAGCAGUCUUUUUUGGGGGAAUUGUAAAUAUUCUUUGUAAGUUGUGUUUAAUUCUUUUCCUUUAUGAUCAAGCCACUGGGUGUUGUUUUUAGAUGAAAUGAGUGCAAACAAUUUGGUAUUGAA